CGGUACUGGUGCAGAACCAAUCACGGCCAGUACUAUUGCUGCGAGGGCGGCGGAAGCAACAUCAUCAACUAUCCUGUUGUGAAGCCGGGCAGAUGCCCGCCCGUACGACCGCAGUGCCCGCCCGUGAGGACCUUCCGUCCCCCGUCCACGUGCAGCAGUGACUCCAGCUGCGCCGGCUCCGACAAGUGUUGCUACGACACGUGCCUUCGCCACCACACCUGCAAGCCGCCCAACUUUUACGGCUGAUCCCCUCCCAUCCGAGGACCAGAGGGCAGGGUCCGGCGACGUUGCGCUGGCCCUGAGGGCCCCGUCUGGGGUUGGGUCAGGGCUGGGCCAGAAGGAGCUGCGGAACAGUCGCGGCCCUGGGCUCCCACCCGGCGGCAGCUCAGCCACAUGCCCUCGUCAGUCGUGGACGCGGUUGUGGGUGCGAUUACUAACAGGUUUUGGAUCUUCAAUCGCCUCUCCCCCUCCAUCUUACGUGAAUAAAAACGAGGGGGGAUUUAUCU